GUUACAUCCCCCCUUUUCAAUGAGUGAAACAAACUUUUACCAAAUUUAAAGGGCUUUGAUGCAGAGAAUGACUUGAGCAGUUAGUUCCUGUGUGCUCAGACAAGCUCUGGAGUUCUCUGAGCUCUUGUACCACAAGAACCUCUAGAUUGUCACUGGAUUUGCCAACACAAAGUUUAUUAACCUCUUUAGAUUUCGUGAAUUUUUUGUCCCUGCUUAUCAAGAUGAAAUACCCUCACGUUUUGGUCUGGUCCUUUAGUUUCUUUGGAUUUACCUGUGGCACUGGGUUCAUGUACCAAUUCCCAGCAACUAGCCUGCAACACAACUAUCCUGAUCAGAACUCAGCAUCUUCUAGCAGCUUCUCCAAUAGGAGAAACUGGUGUCAGUUCACCGUUACAAGAACAGUCACCUGUCAAGUCCAAAAUGGAUCGGAGACAGUGGUUCAGAGGGUUUACCAGAGCUGCAGAUGGCCUGGACCAUGCGCCAAUCUUGUGAGUUACAGGACUCUUCUCAGACCUGUUUAUAAAAUGUCAUACAGAACAGUGACCACCCAGGAAUGGAGAUGCUGUCCUGGUUUCACUGGGAAUAAUUGUGAGGAAGAAUGUAUGAACUGCACACGUCUUGCGGCAAUGGCUGAGAGGUUAAAUAAUCUUGAAGCAAAGAUAAUCAACCUUGUGACUGCUGAGAAAUCAGACAAUGAUCUGCUGAUCACAAGAGAAGCAACAUCAUGGAAUGAUGAUUUUCUGCCUGGUGCUAUUCCUCUCCUGAGCCCUGGAAUCAAAUUUAGGAAAGCACUGAAACCUCCAGCAGGAUCCAAGGGAGAAAAUAAUGAAGAAAAGAGAACAAGAGUCAUACCUGGAGUACCGGGUCCACCAGGUUCAAAUGGACGUAUUGGUUUGCCAGGACUCAAAGGGGAUCGUGGACAAGCUGGGGAACGUGGGCCAGCAGGUCCACCAGGGCCCGCUGGACCAAAAGGAGCUCCAGGAGAAACUGGAAAUCAAGGACCACCUGGCCCCCCAGGACCUCCUGGCCCCCCAGGCAUACCCAUUUCUCUUCAAGAGGGAGUGAUAUAUUCAUUGCAGCCUAAUGCAGAAAGAGAAAAUGGUGAACCACAUUUACUUUCUACUAUUACAGAAACACUUAUGACUGGACGUCCUGGACCACGUGGGCCUCCAGGACCCAUUGGCCACCCAGGACCUGUGGGCCCAAGAGGGCCGGUCGGACCAAUGGGAACUCCAGGAGCACAGGGUAAGCCAGGAUUUCCAGGCCAACUUGGCCAACCCGGAGCUAAAGGAGAUCGAGGUGAACAAGGAGUGAAAGGUGAACCUGGCAGUGCAGGAGAACGUGGAAUUACAGGGCCUCCUGGGCAGCCUGGCAUUAAAGGAGAAGAUGGAAGCAAAGGAGACGAGGGGGAAGGCGCCCAACAACUUAGAGAAGCCCUGAAGAUCUUGGCAGAGAGAGUGUUGAUUUUGGAACACAUGAUAGGAAUCCAUGACACACCUUCCUCUCUUGAGCCUGGCUCUGGACAGGAUAUCCUGGGCUCCUCUAUUCCCAACAGCAUAAAAACCAAAAGAGAACAACAUCAGAGGUUCCAGUCCUUUGACAUAUUUUCCUCACUGCUGGAUGACAGUGAAUCUAGCCGGAAGAAAUAAUGGAUCUUUGGUUCUCACGGCAGAUCCAGAAGUCGCCAGUCCACUGAUUAAAGCCAAAGUAUUUUCUUUGAAGAAAUCUCAAAUGUUCUCCUUCAUUUGUCCCAGGUUACACGUAUGCCUUCCAGAUGUGCAGCGCUUCCUUUUUUAUAUAAAUAUAAAUAAUAUAAGAAUUAGACAUAAAAGGAACUCUCUGUAAAGCAAUAUUUACCAUUCCUUGGUUAGGAAACUGUCUCUGGUUUAAAGAACUCAAGAAUGAUAAGUGGUUUAUCUCCUCCUCUGUUAACUCUUUACAAAUCAGUUUUACCGUAAGUGCUAGUUUGUGAGAUGCAACACAUUCAAAUAUCCAUAAUUGAACCAAAAUUCACUGUUCUGCAAAGCAAAGGAAUGCCACAGGAUGCAGCCAGACUGUCAUUGUUGGGAGUGAGAAAUAUUCUCCCUUUAACACUUGUCUUGGAUCUAUGAUUUCAAAGGGAUACUGUCAACAAAAUAACGUUUUUAAAUGACAUGCAUAGUUUAGUAAAUGAGGUCAGUGUUUAGAAAGCUAUACAGUUAUGGGAUCCGUUAUUUGGAAAUCUGUUAUCCAGAAAACUCAGAAUUACAGGAAGGUCAUCUCCCAUAGAUUCCAUAUUAAUCCUAAAAUUAACAUUUUUAAAAAUGAUAAUAAGAGUACCUUCAUCCCAGCUGAAAUAGAAUUAUUCCUUAUUGGUGGCAAAACAAGCCUAUUGGGUUUAUUUAAUGUUUGAAUUAUUAUUUAGUAGACUAAAGGUAC